AUGACCACUACCACAGAAGAUCCCACUUCUACUGGAAAGAGGCAAUUAAUACGGAAAGGAAAGCAAGUGGUUAUUGAAGAAUCUUCUCUGGAAUCAUCAUCAUCUUCAUCAUCCGCAGAGGGGGAAGAUGGAGAAUCCUCUUAUGGUGACUCUACUUCCACUAAUCAAGAGUCAUCCUCUAGUGACUCAGAAGAAGAAGCUUCAAAUUCCUCAACCAAUGUUGUAACAUCUCUAGAGACUCUUCUGGCUCUCACGAACUCUGCUGAUGUCAAUACUCCAACUACUGUGGUAUCAAGCACUGAGACCAGAGUGCCAUCUUUCACCAAUAUGGUUCCAAAUUUACCUAGACCAUCCGCUCCUCCAGAAGAGAGGCAAUGCAGAGGCAACACUCUUUCUCCAGCACCUUCUGUAGCUGCAGUCUGUGCUGCCUCUAGUGGCUCUCUCAAAGAGAAAGGUUCGAAGGCGAUGACGAUGAUCUCUAGUUGUGAUAAGGAAUUUCAUUCCUUGGAGGAGCAAGUAAAGGCUGCUAAGCAUUCCUCAGCGACUAUAAUUGAGAAGAUUGCAAUCUUCAAGUAG